AUGAACAACUUUAAGAAGGGGGUGGUUGCCUUAAUUAUUGAAACUCAGUGCAAAAAUGAUGCUGAAGCUCCAGUACACAUAGUGCACAAUAAAUUUAUCACGAGAAGGAUCAUUGCUAAGAGAGAAACUAAGUGUAACGUGGAUGAAUACAGUUUAGGUGUUCAGUGUUGCAAGAAAUGUAAACGUGGUCUUGUUAAAAAUAUCAGCUGCCCAACAGAUAUUAGUGACCACUGUGUUCCAUGUAAAAAUGGAAAGGAGUACAUAGAUCAUGACAAUGAUUUGGACGAGUGUAUGAGAUGCUCUCUAUGUGACAGCGUAUUCGGUUUGGAGGUUACAAAAAACUGUACCCCAGAACACAACACGGAAUGCACCUGUGCAAAGAACCAUUUUUGCAAUUCUUCUAUACCAUGUAGACUCUGCAGUCCAUGUACCAUAUGUGAAAGCGGUCUGAUUGAAAAACAAUGUACUUCAACUUCAGACACUGUGUGCGGAACGAAAGAAGGAGGAACGCUAUGGUGGGCCAUUGCUUUGAUAAUUGUGUUAGUACUAGCAGCAGCAGCUGGAGCAAGAAUCUACUACAAGAGAAAACAGAAGGGUCUUAGUAACACGGAGGACUUAAGUGAAAUAGUCCCCAAACAAGAAGUUUCUUAUGAGAAUGUACCUCUCAUAUCCACAGAUGUUGACCUCAGCAGCCAUGUUGCUGGUAUUGUGGAGGAGAUGACGCUCCAAGAAGUCAAGACAUUUGUUCGUUAUCACAAAGUACCAGAACCUAUCAUAGAUCAAACUGUUCGGGAUUAUGUUAACGAUACAUCUGAACAGAAGAUUAAGCUGUUUCAAGUCUGGUAUCAAAGACAUGGGAUGAAAGGAGCCUAUGGAACCCUAAUAAGCAGUCUGAGACAGUUUAAAAUGUGCACUGCAGCUGAUAAAAUCGAGGAAAAACUGAAGGCAGCUGUUUCUAGCUGUCAGGAAGGGGGACAGUCUGAUAGUGAUGACACUGAGCAAAGCAAAACCUGCGCUCAGGAAGGUAGAAGCUCUUAUGAUGAUAGUGCUGAGCUAAGUAAAACCUAUUCUGGUAGUUUGGAAGCGACAUAG